AUGGGACAGCACAUAACGAAGGAGGAAAGUGUGGUUCUAUCCACAUGGAAAUCCCUCCUAAGCCGAAAGAAUGUCAAGGUUACUGAUUUUGCUUUGCGGCGCAUAUUGUUGUGGUGCAGGAAGCAGGGCUUUGAGGCCACGUCUAGUACCGCGUUUAGUAUAUCUGCAUGGGAAAAGGUCGGUGAUAAGCUGUGGGAUGAAAUAUCUAAGGGAUCGAAAGACGCGAAUGAUCUGGCAGUCACCUGGCGUUGGUUGUUUGAUACUUUGAAAGAGUGGCAGGCAGAACAGCAGACAGGAGAAAAUGAAACUAAGUCAGCUUCAACACAGAAUGCUCUGAAUUCCAAGGAGGGGAGCUCAACUGAUACUAAAAAAGAGAAAGAACAGUCAGAGACCUUGAAAAAUUCAGGUGGAGACUCAGCUGGCAGCAAUCCAGGCCAGUUGCAGGCUUCGCAGUGCUCGGACGGAGGCUUAAUUAAUAGCGAAACUGACACUAAGCCAAGUCGUAAAUAUCCUACGCCUAACGAGCAACUAGCUGCCAGCAAACAUGAGUCUAAGCCGAGUCGUAAAUAUAUCACACCUGAAGAGCAAUUAAAAAUGCCUCAGUACUGGACAUCCCCGACAAAUAUCACCCCGUCUUCCUAUAGGACCCCUGCGCAGCAGCUAGCAGAGUUUGAAGCUCAGGAUGAUCCGCUUCAUACUGCAUUGCCUAGUAGUGAUGAGGAUGAGGAGGCUGUAGUUAGUCAUCCUGUCACUGAUAACACAGAGAGAGCUGCCUGCCAGCCCUGUGUCACUGAUCGGAAGAAAGGAGCUGUUUCUCGGCCCCUUCGGAAAACAGCAGAGCCGUGGACUCUGCCCCCUGUAACUGUUACUGUGAUGCCUAGACAUCCAGGCAAAUUUUGGAAUCAGGUGAAACAAAAGGCAGCAGAAAUGGGGGACUGGAAUCUGUUGGACAGGAUCGGUUAUCCCUCUGAGACGUGUGAUGCAGCUGCGUCUACGGGUCCUGGGGCUUACCCGGUUUUCAAGGCGGUGCCAGGCUCGGGAAGACAGGAUGAGCACACUCCAUUUGCGUGGAAAGUGGUACAAGAUUUGCAGAUGUGUGCCUCUAAGUACGGGAUAAAUUCCGCAGAGGUAAUGAGACUGAUAAGGGUGAUAAAUACAGAUCAAUUAGCACCCUAUGAUAUUUCCCAUCUUGGACAAAUUCUGUUUCAACCAAUUCAGUAUCAAGUAUUUCUAGCAAAUUGGAGAAAGCUCGCUGAGAGAGCAGCACUAGAUAACAUGCAGCUGCCUCAAGGAGACCCGAGAAGGGGGGCUGGUGUUGAUGCGUUGAUGGGAACGGGUCCAGUUUUUUCAAACCCUCAAGUUCAAGCUCAGUGGCCGCCUGCAGUGCUAGAGCAAUGCCAGCGUAUGGGAAUGUCAGCACUCAUACAAACAAUGGAGCUAGCUGCUCCAAAGCCUAAGUAUACCACAGUGAAACAGGGGGUUAAGGAACCGUUCCUGCAGUUUGUAGAACGCAUAGCCACUUCACUGGAAAAGCAGGUAGACGAUGAAGAUCUCAGACAAAGGCUCUGCCUGGAGUUAGCUAAAGAUAAUGCGAACGAGGAUUGCCAAAGAAUAAUCGAGGCAAUGCCUGGGACUCCAUCAAUCCCUGAGAUGGUGGCAGCAUGCUCUAAGGUGGGAUCAGUGGCUCAUAAAAUGACUGCAUUAGCUGCUGUCCUUCGACCUAAUCCCAAAUGCUAUGGGUGUGGAAAGCAAGGACAUGUUAAGGCUGAAUGCCCAGUCCAGCAAAGGGGGAAUAAGCAGAAAAAUAAAGCAGCAGAGGCAGAAGUUACUUGUGGCCGGUGUGGAAAGGCAGGGCAUUUUUCUAAAGCGUGUAGAUCAAAAUAUCAUGUUAAUGGACAGUUGCUGCAGGGAAACUGGAAAAAGAGCGCGAUGAGGCGCGUGAGGAUACAAGUACCUCACCCACCCAAUUCACACACGAGAACAGCCCCAAUGGCUUAUCCCUCUGUGACCGCCUCACCGGAAAAACCCGUGGAGCAGCAGGAAUGGAUGUAUCCACAGCCGACACAGUAA